AGUUUCGGCCCGGAAGCUCAUGGGCCUUGCCGUUUCGUCCUUUCGCCAUGCGAGCGGUGCUGCUGCUUGGCCUCGUGCAGGCGAAGGAGUGCCAUGACGAAGCCUGCCCAAUGUCGCUGCUGCAGCAAAAGCAGGUGCUGCAGCCGACAGAUCGGAGGAUCCAGCCGGAGCCCUGCGGAUAUUUGCUGAACGAGGUCGGUGAUGCGUCCACCUUCAUGAACAACAACUGCAAGUAUCACAGCAACAGCCAUGACUGCGACCGGCCGCUUCAAGACGUCCUCGCGGAGCAUCCGGGCAUGGACGGCUUUUGCUACUUCAACGCCAGUGCCAUGUACGUGAAUUUCUAUGAGUCGGAAGCGCCGGAUUAUGUGGGCUCUCCUGCGAAGAGCAUCCUGAAGUUGCGGGGAACCAACUACCAGGGCCUGGACUCCGGGCCUUUGGUCACAUUCCACUUCGAGGGCCAGGCGAUCACAAGCCACAUCGACGUAGAUCACUAUGCCUACGAUGACCUCUACGGCUUCUUCUUAGGUGCCUUGCAGGGUCAGGGUCUCACCUUGGAGCAACUCCGAGACCCCGCCGCGUGGCAGAAGGCCUCGGCACAGAAGUGCGAGGAGAUUCAAACCACCUACAACUUCACCAGGGAGGACAUGAUCUUCAGUGAGGUGCUGGACAUGAAUAUGCCAAUAUUCGCUAUGUCAUUCUGUGCUGCGGGAUUGGAACUCCCCGCCUUGCUGCACACGCCUUACGUCACGGAGAAGGCGAAGUACAAGAGCGCAGCAGACUGCCAGCCGAUCAGUGCGCGAGAGUAUGCGCGGCAUCACUACAUGAAAUGCCUGGCUGGCGUGAAGAAUUCCGCUGCGGACUUGGCUUAUCUCUUCGGACGAGCCUGCCUGAAGGAAGGCAAUCAGAUCAGACACCUGGAGGCUUGCCCCUUCAAUCCGGUCAGCUAGGCCUGGCGAAAGAGGAUGGGACAGCCGCCAUUGGAACGGCUGAAACCAAGUGCCGUAAGAAGCAUUUUGGGGGGCCAUGCAAUCGACUCUUCCGAGAUUGGCCACUCCGAGA